AAUCGACUAGAUGUAGAUAGAGCCCAGCCUUGAAACGUCAAUAAUAUUGACUAUUAUUAUUAUUGAAGUAUCGUCUACUCAAAAAUACGCCAACAAGAGAGUUAGUUAGUAGACUGCAGUGAAACAAGCAACACACGAAGAUGGCUGAAAUACCAAAGACAAUGAAGGCGCUGGUAAAACGCAACGAAAAUGAGUCCUAUUCUUAUGAAGAUAUGCCAGUACCACAGCCGUCCGAAGACGAGGUACUGAUAAAGGUAGAUUCUGUAUCAAUCUGUGGUUCCGAUAUCAACCUGUAUAAAUGGAAUGACGUAGCCCGUGUUAUUGCCACGAUACCGUUUGUUCCAGGCCACGAAUGUGCAGGAACAGUAGUCAAGUGUGGACCCGAUGCUGAUAUACCAAUAGGGGCUAAAGUCGGUGUUGAAAACCACUAUUUUUGUGGAGAAUGUCUGCAAUGUAAAUACGAAGAUCGAGGCAUUUGUCCAGUUAUGGGCCAGUUCGGACACGGAAAGAAAACCGAAUAUGGUGGCUGUUCUGAAUACACGAUUGUUCCAGCAAAAUACCUUUACGUUAUGAAGAGAAACCUUAGUCCGGAUGAAAUUGCUAUGUUAGAACCUCUAGGGGUAGCUCACAAUGCCAUCGAAAGACUAGAAGUUAAAAAUGAAGAUGUAUUAGUUAUAGGUUGUGGUCCAGUUGGUCUAUUGGCUCAGUGUUGUGUAAAAGCGUUGGGAGGCAAAAGGGUCAUUGCAGUUGAUAUUGAUGAAUCACGCUUACAAUUAGCGAAGAAACUUGGUGCUGAUAUUCUGGUUAAUAGUGCCAAAGAAAAUCUGAAAGAUUUUGUGUAUAAAUUUACUGAAGGAGUUGGAAUGGGUAGAAUAUGUGAAUGUAGUGGUGCAUCGCCUGUAGUAAACGCAGCUUUUUCCAUGUUGAGGAAAGGUGGCCAUAUUGUCAUGGUUGGAUUACCUAAAUCCCCAUUGCAUGUUGAAAAUGUAUUACCUGAUAUUGUGUUUAAAGCUCUAACUCUAAAGACAGUACAUGGAAGAAGAGUUUAUCAUACAUGGGUAGAAAUAGAACGUCUAGUAGCUGAUGGUAUUAUUGAUGUCAACCCGAUAAUAACACAUAAAUUCGCCAUGUCGCAAUUUGAAGAGGCCUUCCAAGCAUUGUUUAGUGGUCAGGCUUGCAAGAUCGUUGUUGAUCCAUCCAAAUAGGUUAAAAUAUUUUUUAAUUAAUGAGAUAGGACAAACAAUAUUCUGUAUGUUUUGAUAUAAAGUAAAAGAAAAAUUUACAAUU